AUGCAGUUGGAGGACUUGAUGAGGUAUCCGGACAUUGCCUUCCGUUAUUUCGGCAUGGCACCCCGUUUCGAGUGGACCGCCCGGAGAACCGUGGCACCCAAGCAGACUGUGACCAGGCAGAUCGUGUUUAUGGUGGGAUCCCUGUGCUUGGGCUAUCAGAAUCUGGGUAUGAUCAUCUACUGGGUCCGGUUUAAUAGUCAACAAAAGGAAAUAAGUAUGUACGUGGCAAAGAUCGCGGAGAUGGGCAGUGUGCUGGCGCUCAUAUUCGCAGGGUUCCUAAACAUUUGGGCCUUGACGUCCAAGAGAGCCCAGAUCGAAGCGGUGCUUGCCGAACUGCAGGAGAUGUACCCCGAGCCCAGGCAGAGGCUUUACCGCAUCCGACACUACAACGAUCAGGCAGUAGGUUUAAUGAAGUUCACGGUCAACUUCUACGUGGUCUUCAUCAUAUACUACAACAUCGCGCCACUUGUGCUUCUUCUAUGCGAACACCUCAUGGACUCGCAGGACAUAAGCUACCGGGCCCAGAGCUACACGUGGUAUCCCUGGCAGGUGUACGGCUCACCUCUCGGCUACUCGGCAGCCUAUCUAUGCCAGGCCAUUGGCUCGAUCCUCGGAGUGGGUUUCAGUAUGUCUAGUCAGCAGUUGAUCUGUCUCUUCACCACCCAACUUCAGCUGCAUUUUGAUGCCAUGGCCAACCACCUAACUGCCAUUGAUGCAAAAGAGCCCACGGCGAAUCAACAGCUCAGAUCCCUGAUCCUAUACCACCGUCGCAUACUCCGGCUUGGCGAUCGAGUAAAUCGCCUCUUUAACUUUACCUUCGUGGUCAGCCUAAUCGUUUCGACCAUCGCCAUUUGCCUGACAAGCAUUGCCACGAUGUUGCUCGAAUUGCACAAGGCCCUACUGUACAUAAGUGGUCUAAUCGCCUUUGUCUUCUAUCACUUUUUAAUAUGCUACAGGGGCAGUGUGCUCACUUUGGCGUCAGUUAUGGUCUUUAUAAGCAUGCAGUUGGCAGAUUUUAUGCAGUACUCGGACCUUGGCUGCCAAGUGGCUCUGAUACGAAGAUACGGAUGGAGUGGCAGACAAUCACCGGGUGCGAAGCAGACGCUUAUGAAAAAGGUUAUCUUUGUACUGGGUGCCCUGAAUAUGAGCUGUUACUUUUUUUCAUUCAUCACCUACGGCUACCACAUCGAACGGAAGACAAAGGAGCCGAUUAUUUACGUUGCAGAGCUUUCUGAAGUGGGUGGCAUGCUUUGGUUCACCGUUCUGGGUAUCUGCAAUAUGUACACGCUGCUGAUCUAUAGACCCCAGAUUGAAGAACUCCUGGAAGGACUGGAGCAACUGUUUGCACCCGCUAGGCAGAGCCCGUACUGUACUCGCUACUUCUACGACGAUUCAGCUCUUAAAAUGAAGAGGUUAAGCAUCAACUUUGUCUGUUCUGCAACCUACUACAACUUGCUGCCCCUUGUGAAGCUCCUAAGCGAACUACUGACGGAGUCGCAGCAAGUGAGUUACCAGGUACAGAGCAAGGCGUGGUAUCCCUGGCAGGUCCAUGGCUCAACUCUGGGCUUUUGGAUCGCCUAUGCUAGUCAGGCUUUUGCGUCUGUAAUGAACCUGGGCAUGAUGAUGGCCACUGAGUGUUUGGUUUUCGUCUGCACCGCCCAGCUGGAGCUACACUUUGAUGGCCUGGCCAGGCGGCUGGAAGCCCUUGACGCCCGUGAUCCCAGAGCGAAGGAACAGCUUCGAGCGCUGAUCUCCUACCACACUCGGCUAUUCAAAGUUGCGGACCGUGCCAAUGGCAUCUUUAACUGCACUUUCCUGAUCAGCUACUGUGUGUCGUCGAUUGCCGUGUGCAGUAUGGGCUUUUCCAUGAUCAUGUUCGACUUGGGUCUAGCUCUCAAAUACAUGGUGGGAAUGUUUUUAUUCAUGAUCUACACCUUUUGCAUAUGCCACAAUGGCACUCAGGUCACAAUGGCGAGUGACAAAGUGAUGCCGGCUGCUUUCUACAACAACUGGUAUGAGGGCGACCUUGUCUACAGGAAGAUGUUGCUCAUCCUAAUGAUGCGUUCUACUAAGUCCUAUGUCUGGAAAACAUACAACCUGGCACCUGUGUCCAUUCAAACCUAUAUGGCUACGCUGAAGUUUUCAUAUCAGAUGUUUACCUGCGUGCGUUCUCUGAAAUAG